UUCGGUUACUUUGUGAGAAAUUAUAUAAUGUUGUAACAGAAUAAGAGAAGUCAAGUGACUAAUUAGAAGGUUACAAAUACAACAAGUGGAUUCUCUUCAGCUCUUUUUAGUCCGCCACCAGCUGCUUGACUUUUCCAUUCAAACCAAUCGUGACUUCCGGAAUCCACAGAUUAGAAUCCAUGUAGCCAGUUUUACAUGCAACUCGUAUGAGUAACUGGCUGGAAAAAGCGGGGCAACAAUCGCCGUUCGUUUCAUUCGUGGACUGCAGAAAAAGGAGAGAAAACAGAGAAGAGAUUAGAAGUCGCUUCACUUUCCACUCUCACCUCCAGACGAAUCAGUUUGCUCUCUCUUGCUCUCUCUCUCUCUCUUCUUAUUCCCUCCUUAUUCCUCACAGUUGAUCUCUUAAACUAGUGGACAAACAGAGAUAUCGUCAGAUCCAACCGAAAAUGAACAAACUCUCUUUCUGCCAAUCAUCCUUCAGAUGGACUGGAGUGCUGUGUGCUGCACCCCUGCCGACCUGGUGUUUGUCUGUGUUGUUUGUUGUGGCGCUGCACGUGAGUGUUGUGGGGAGUAACAGUGUGGAACAAUAUGCGUUGCAGUACCACAAUAAUCACAGAAGCAAUGCGGGGCUGCAGCAGUUUCAGUGGGACGACAGUCUCGCCAGUUCAGCCGAGAGUUGGUCACAGAGACUGGCUUCCCAGGGAUGUGGAUUACAACACUCACAAUCGACAGGGGAGUAUGGGGAGAAUCUGUACAUGACGAGUGGGGGGGAGAGUGAGGGCAAAGUGGCGAAGGAGGGGUGCUUGUCGUGGUAUGCGGAGGUGGCCUCCUACUCGUACCCGGGGGAGGACCAGGCAUACGACCAGUGUGGAGUCUCCUUCUCCUCAGUCGGACAUCUCACCCAGGCAAGCCAGCACUCACAUUACGCCUUAACCAAUGAGCUAACCGAAUUCAUCUCAUCUUAUGAUCCACUUAACCCAUUCUAA